GAGUGGAGAUCACGCCGCUGCACUCCAGCCUGGGCUACAGAGCGAGACUUCGUCUCAAAAAACAACAACAGCAACAACAACUUCUAAAGCCAGCCAGCCAGCUCAUCUCGGAUGGAACUAAUAUAAUAUGAAAGACUAAUUAUAAACUAAUGGAACCGUGCACUGCAAAUAAUUUGGCAUUUCUGUUUUCUAAAUGCUAAGCCUGGUCCCGAGGCCACUCUCAACUCCUCUGCCCAGGCACCACCCACCAUGCACCCAGAUUCCCACCACCAGGGUGCCCGUGCUCCCUCUGGAAGGAGAUGAGGGAUUAAACGAAGAGGAACAGACAGUCAGAUGGAAGGGAAGGCAGGGACACUGGAGAAGAGUCUAAGGAAGGAGCCAGUGACUCUGACAGUCACUAUCAGCAUGUCAGCCCCACGAGGGCAGGACUUUCUGUGUUUUGUUCACUAUUCAAUGCCCAGCGUCUAAAAAUAUUUCUGGAACGCAAACAAAAAGGGAGGGGGAGAUGCUGAGGAAGUAAAAGAAAUAGGAUAUUCCCAUUCAACAAACAUUUCCUGAUUACGUACUCUUUGUCAAGCCCUAUGCUGGGUCUGGUGUGGGUGGAAAUCAAACACAAAACACAGAUCCCCCCGGAGGCCCCAGAGCGAUGAAAGCAACAAACAAGAUACGACCAGAGAUGGGCUUUGAAGGAUGAAUAGGAGUUAGCUGAGCUGUCAAUAGUAAGAAGUAAGGUUGGUCCAAGGCACAGCACUUUCUGAAGGAACAGGAAGUGAAAGGAAGGCGAGCGGCUAUGAGAGACCGCGUUAAGAGGCGCGGGGCGCUUUGGGCGCUGCCCAGUCCCGGCCCCUCCAGCCCGGGGCCCGCCGCUCACCACACGCACCGGAAGCGCUCGGUUCUCCCGGAGGCAGACCGGCCAGUACACCACCAUCCAGUCACGUUCCGACGCGGUGCCGGGGCCGCCAGCCAAUCAGUGGCGGCCUCUGCCCCGCCCCCGCGCGAACAGCCAAUGAUGGCGCCGUCGGGCCGGAAGUUGUUCCGUCCGGACGGCGUUUCCACGGACGCCCAGGAGACAACCCGUUGCUGAGCCGGGAGCGCUGACGGGCCCGGCUGGGCAGGCAUUUGAUCUCGGGCCGGCUGUGAAUGUAGUUCCUGAGAGAUAGCAAACAUGCCCAACAGUGAGCCGUGUGUGUCUCCGCUGGAGCUGUUCAACAGCAUCGCCACACAAGGGGAGCUCGUGAGGUCCCUCAAAGCGGGAAAUGCAUCAAAGGAUGAAAUUGAUUCUGCAGUAAAGAUGUUGCUGUCGUUAAAAAUGAGCUACAAAGCUGCCAUGGGGGAGGAUUACAAGGCUAACUGUCCUCCAGGGAACCCAGCACCUACCAGUAAUCAUGGCCCAGAUGCCACAGAAGCUGAAGAGGAUUUUGUGGACCCCUGGACAGUACAGACAAGCAGUGCAAAAGGCAUAGACUAUGAUAAGCUCAUUGUUCGGUUUGGAAGCAGUAAAAUUGACAAAGAGCUAAUAAACCGAAUAGAGAGAGCCACCGGCCAAAGACCACACCGCUUCCUGCGCAGAGGCAUCUUCUUCUCACACAGAGAUAUGAAUCAGGUUCUUGAUGCCUAUGAAAAUAAGAAGCCAUUUUAUCUGUACACGGGGCGGGGCCCCUCUUCUGAAGCAAUGCAUGUAGGUCACCUCAUUCCAUUUAUUUUCACAAAGUGGCUCCAGGAUGUAUUUAACGUGCCCUUGGUCAUCCAGAUGACGGAUGACGAGAAGUAUCUGUGGAAGGACCUGACCCUGGACCAGGCCUAUAGCUAUGCUGUGGAGAAUGCCAAGGACAUCAUCGCCUGUGGCUUUGACAUCAACAAGACUUUCAUAUUCUCUGACCUGGACUACAUGGGGAUGAGCUCAGGUUUCUACAAAAAUGUGGUGAAGAUUCAAAAGCAUGUUACCUUCAACCAAGUGAAAGGCAUUUUCGGCUUCACUGACAGCGACUGCAUUGGGAAGAUCAGUUUUCCUGCCAUCCAGGCUGCUCCCUCCUUCAGCAACUCAUUCCCACAGAUCUUCCGAGACAGGACAGACAUCCAGUGCCUUAUCCCAUGUGCCAUCGACCAGGAUCCUUACUUUAGAAUGACAAGGGACGUCGCCCCCAGGAUCGGCUAUCCUAAACCAGCCCUGCUGCACUCCACCUUCUUCCCCGCCCUGCAGGGCGCCCAGACCAAAAUGAGUGCCAGCGACCCCAACUCCUCCAUCUUCCUCACCGACACGGCCAAGCAGAUCAAAACCAAGGUCAAUAAGCAUGCGUUUUCUGGAGGGAGAGACACCAUCGAGGAGCACAGGCAGUUUGGGGGCAACUGUGAUGUGGACGUGUCUUUCAUGUACCUGACCUUCUUCCUCGAGGAUGAUGACAAGCUCGAGCAGAUCAGGAAGGAUUACACCAGCGGAGCCAUGCUCACCGGUGAGCUCAAGAAGGCACUCAUAGAGGUUCUGCAACCCCUGAUAGCAGAGCACCAGGCCCGGCGCAAGGAGGUCACAGACGAGAUAGUGAAAGAGUUCAUGACUCCCCGGAAGCUGUCCUUCGACUUUCAGUAGCACUCGUUUUACAUAUGCUUAUAAAAGAAGUGAUGAAUCAAUAAUCCCAGCCCAGUCAAAGCACCGCCACCCGUAGGCUUCUGUCUCAUGGUAAUUACUGGGACUGGUCUCUGUAAGCCUGUGUAUGUUAUCAAUACUGUUUCUUCCUGUGAGUUCCAUUAUUUCUAUCUCUUAUGGGCAAAGCACUGUGGGUAAUUGGUGCUGGCUGACAUUGCAUGGUCAGAUAGAGAAGUCCAGCUGUGAGUCUCUCCCCAAAGCAGCCCUAGAGUGGAGCCUUUGGCUGGAAGUCCAUGGGCCACCCUGUUCUGGUCCGUGGAGGACUCCAAGGUUUCCAAGUAUACUCUUAAGACCCACUCUGUUUAAAAAUAUGUUUCUAUGUAUGCAUAUAUGGAAUUGAAAUGUCAUUAUUGUAACCUAGAAAGUGCUUUGAAAUAUUGAUGUGGGGAGGUUUAUUGAGCACAAGAUGUAUUUCGGCCCAUGCCCCCUCCCAAAAAGAAAUUGAUAAGUAAAAGCUUUGUUAUACAUUUGACUAAGAAAUCACCCAGCUUUAAAGCUGCUUUUAACAAUGAAGAUUGAACAGAGUUGGGCAAUUUUGAUUAAAGUAAGACUUAGGGGUGAAACUUUCCAGUUUACUGAACUCCAGACCAUGCAUGUAUUCCACUCCAGAAAUCAUGCUCGCUUCCCUUGGCACACCAGUGUUCUCCCGCCAAAUGACCCUAGACCCUCUGUCCUGCAGAGUCAGGGUGGCUUUUCCCCUGACUGUGUCCGAUGCCAAGGAGUCCUGGCCUCUGCAGGUGCUUCAUUUUGACCCUUGGCUGCAGUGGAAGUCAGCACAGAGCAGUGCCCUGGCUGUGUCCCUGGACGGGUGGACUUAGCUAGGGAGAAAGUCGAGGCAGCAGCCCUCGAGGCCCUCACAGGUGUCUAGGCAGGCCUCAUUUCAUCACGCACCAUAUGCAGGCCUGGAAGAGCAAAGCCAAAUCUCAGGGAAGCCCUUGGUUGAUGUAUCUGGGUCUCCUCUGGAGCACUCUGCCCUCCUGUCACCCAGUAGAGUAAAUAAACUUCCUUGCCUCCU